AUGCUUAGUCCCGAAGGUAUCAAACAAGAACCAUUUGACAACCUUUUUAGUUGUUACAAAGCCACCCUAGAAAAAUACCAUUGCAAGCAUUGUGGCUUUUUCACCGACUUGUCGCUCCUCUUCAGUCAACACACUUUAACCCAUCACCUGAAGCAAGCCCCCUCGUACUCCACACAGACCUACUUUUGCAAAACUUGCUACUUCAAAACCCACUCACUUCUCCACUGGUACCAACAUACUCAAAGCGGGUGCAACUAUGAAGACUCCACUUGGCUACAAUGUGAGAAUUGUAGCUACGGAACGAUUUACAGAUCCCGGCUCAAGUGGCACAGUAUGUCGAAACACACCCCUCCAGAACAAAAACGGUGGCGCGAGUGUCCACAUUGCCCCUUCAGGACCUUACGACGAUCCCACUUGAAAAACCACAUCGUAGCCAAGCACCUACCGGAAGACAGCAUCAAAUGGUGGCGAUGCCCCGAGUGCCCCUACCAAGCCAAACUGAACGCCAACUUGAAAAAACACUUCAUUUAUUGUCACGCUCAACCAGAAAUGGUCAAAUGGUUCCAAUGUGAAGAUUGUCCAUACAAAAGCAAAUAUAAACACGAUUUGUAUAGACACAAAGUGCGGCAGCACUCCAACCCGGACGAAGUGCAAUGGUUCGAGUGUGAUAAGUGCUCGUAUCGGACUAAGGCCACGUGGGAUUUGAAGGCGCAUUUAAAUACAGUGCAUUUGAGACAAAACAACAAGGUGAAGAAGUUUGAGUGUGAACAUUGUAGUUAUAAGACGACGAGGAGGUGCCAGUUGGCGGUUCACGUCACUAAUCGACACAAAGCUGUGGAAGAUAUAGAGUGGUUCGAGUGUGACCAGUGCGAAUUUAAAACAAAAACGAAAUACGGGUUACGUAGUCAUUUUAAAAUCAGACACGUCGAACCGGAGGUUGAAGAAUGGUUCACGUGUAGCCAGUGUCCUUUUAAAGCCAAGUUUAAAGCGUACUUGAAGAGACACCAAAACCUGAUGCACACCGACGAGAAAGAUAUGAAGUGGUUUGAGUGUGAUCAUUGUGACCAUCGCACCAAGCAUAAACAGCACCUGAAGAAACACCUAAAGACGAUACACAACGUCAUUACUUGA